AUGUUUACCCUUCAAGAAAACAUGCCGAGAGGUGGGUUGAACAUGAAGGAGGAACCUUUGGUUGCCGGGAUGAAUCCCGUUCGCUCCUGGAUUCAGUCCGGCGGGAUACUGGAUGCCAGCACAGCAGCCCAGAGUGGGGUGGGCUUGGCCCGGUCACACUUCGAAAAGCAGCCGCCCUCCAAUCUCCGCAAGUCCAACUUCUUCCACUUCGUUCUCGCUCUCUACGACAGGCAAGGGCAGCCCGUGGAGAUCGAGAGGACCGCUUUCGUGGACUUUGUAGAGAAGGAGAAAGAGCAGAACGGGGAGAAGACGAAUAAUGGUGUUCACUACAGAUUGCAGCUUCUGUACAGUAACGGAAUACGAACAGAGCAAGACUUAUUCGUGAGGCUAAUAGACUCAAUGACCAAGCAGGCUAUCAUAUAUGAAGGGCAGGAUAAGAACCCAGAGAUGUGUCGAGUGCUGCUUACCCACGAGAUCAUGUGCAGCCGGUGUUGCGACAAGAAAAGCUGUGGAAACCGGAAUGAGACACCUUCGGACCCAGUUAUCAUUGACAGAUUCUUCUUAAAAUUCUUCCUCAAGUGCAAUCAGAACUGUUUGAAAAAUGCUGGUAAUCCCAGGGACAUGCGACGAUUCCAGGUGGUCAUCUGCACAACCAUCAAUGUGGACGGGCACGUCCUGGCAGUGUCGGACAACAUGUUCAUCCACAACAACUCCAAGCACGGCCGGAGGGCUCGGAGGCUGGACCCCUGUGAAGGUAGGUCACAUCUGGAGCACCCAGCCACUCCAUGCAUCAAAGCAAUUAGCCCAAGUGAAGGGUGGACCACGGGAGGAGCCACUGUCAUCAUUAUCGGAGACAGCUUCUUUGAUGGAUUGCAGGUUGUGUUUGGAACAAUGCUGGUCUGGAGUGAGCUGAUCACACCUCACGCCAUCCGAGUCCAGACGCCUCCACGACACAUUCCAGGUGUGGUGGAGGUCACGCUGUCCUACAAGUCCAAGCAGUUCUGUAAAGGAGCACCAGGGAGAUUCGUCUAUACAGCAUUGAAUGAACCCACCAUUGACUAUGGAUUCCAGAGGCUACAAAAAGUGAUCCCGCGGCACCCUGGAGACCCCGAACGGUUACCCAAGGAGGUUCUACUGAAGAGAGCCGCUGACCUAGUGGAAGCCUUGUACGGAAUGCCCCACAACAACCAGGAGAUCAUCCUGAAGCGAGCGGCAGAUAUCGCAGAAGCUCUGUACAGCGUCCCGCGGAGUCACAACCAACUCCCGUCUCUUGGCAACACAUCCAGCCAUUCGGGGAUGAUGGGAGUGAACUCCUUCAGUGGCCAGCUGGCUGUGAACAUCUCAGAGACAUCGCAAGCCAACGACCCAGGCUACUCCCGCAACACCAACAGCGUCUCCCCCCGUGGCUAUGUGACCAGCUCCACACCGCAGCAGUCCAACUACAACACCAGCAGCAUGAAUGGAUACGGGAACACCGGGAUGGCCAAUCUGGGAAUACCGGGCUCCCCGAGCUUCCUGAACGGGUCGACUGCCAACUCCCCCUAUGCCAUCAUGCUGUUGUGUUCUCCUCUGGUAGCUUCCCCUGCCGCACUCUCUUCCCAUGGUGACUCUACCCCUGACAUUUUCUCAUUCUUCCCUGUCAAUGUGAUCUUUGCAGUAAAACAGAAGAGCGCCUUUGCUCCUGUGGUUCGACCUCAGACCUCUCCGCCCCCCACCUGCACCGGAUCCAGUGGGAACAGCAUGCAAGCCAUGUCUGGCCUGAUUGUGCCCCCAAUGUAGAAGAAGAGGCCUGAGCGGUGAAGAUGAAAAGCAUUGUGCCCCACAAGCCAAUGGACGGCCCACACUGGAGGCAAGGCUCAAGUCAGACCUCCUUUCAUUUCUACCCCUCCCCCAACCCCCAAAA